GCAUUGAAAUCAAAUAUAAGUUUGGUCAACCAGAACAGAAGCUGUGAAGUAAAGAACCCAAUUGAGGUUAAUGGACAUGCGAAAUCUUUCCUCCAUGCAAAGCAUGAGCAACAUCAUACUGAAAUAAAAUUUCCUGAAUGUGUUAAUUCUGUAAACACAAACUCCCAAUCCCUUAAGGCGCAAAGGACUCAGAAGAUAAAUAAACCUCAUGUAUGCAGUGAAUGUGGGAAAGACUUCAUCAAGAAGUCUCGCCUCAUAGAUCACCAGAGAGUUCAUACGGGAGAGAAACCUCAUGGGUGCAGCAUAUGUGGGAAGGCCUUCUCCAGGAAGUCCAGGCUCACUGAACAUCAGAAAACUCAUAUAGGAGAGAGACGGUAUGAGUGCACCGAAUGUGACAAAGCCUUCCCCAAGAAAUCACGGCUACUCACUCAUCAGAAAACUCACACAGGAGAGAAACCCUACGUUUGCGAUGAAUGCGGAAAAGGCUUCAUCAAGAAGUCUCGGCUCAUUAAUCAUCAGAGAGUUCACACAGGAGAGAAGCCGCAUGGAUGCAGUCUGUGUGACAAAGCCUUCUCCAGAAAGUCCAGACUCAUUGAACAUCAGAGAACUCACACGGGAGAAAAACCUUACGAAUGCACGGAAUGUGACAAAACCUUUCGCUGGAAAUCACAGCUCAAUGCCCAUCAGAAAACUCACACAGGAGAGAAAUCGUUUAUAUGCAGUGACUGUGGGAAAGGCUUCAUCCAGAAGGGCAAUCUCAUUGUACAUCAGCGAACUCACACGGGAGAGAAACCCUAUACAUGCAACGAAUGUGGCAAAGGCUUCAUCCAGAAGGGCAAUCUCCUAAUACACCAACGGACUCACACUGGAGAGAAACCCUAUGUAUGCACUGAGUGUGGAAAAGGUUUCAGCCAGAAAACUUGCCUUAUAUCACAUCAGAGAUUUCACACCGGAAAGACUCCCUUUGUGUGUUCCGAAUGUGGCAAAUCUUGUUCACACAAGUCAGGUCUCAUUAACCAUCGGAGAAUUCACACAGGGGAGAAGCCCUAUACGUGCAGUGACUGCGGAAAGGCUUUUAGAGAUAAGUCGUGCCUCAAUAGACAUCGAAGAACUCAUACAGGAGAGAGACCCUACGGGUGCUCUGAUUGUGGGAAAGCCUUCGCCCACCUGUCAUGCCUGGUGUACCAUAAGGGAAUGUUGCACACCAAAGAGAAAUGCGUAGGUUCCGUCAAGUUGGAAAACCCUUUUUCAAAGAGUCACAGCUCAGCUCACUCGAGUGACAGAGUACAGGAG